AUGAUGGCCCUCAAGAGCACACCGGGCCAUUUCGGGCUUAGCGUGGAAAAAGUGCAGCCCAAGUCACUCUGCCAUUGGGUUACACCGAGCGCUCUGGGCUGUCAGCCAGCAGGAGGCUGCGCUUGCUUGGUAGACCGUUGUGGGUCUUUUCCUCCUGCAAAGGUCGACCUGAAGUCCAGCUCUGCUAGUCACAGCUUCGGCUCCAGUCUCUUCACAACCGCCGCCAUUCCCGGCUUAGACGCCCCAGUCUUCACCACGGAUUCACAACAGUCACCAUGGCUUCCCUCCAGUUCCCCGAGCCUGCCGGCAUCAUCCGCGCAACAGCACUACCAACACCUGCCACCGCAACAGGACUUUGUUCUGUUCGAUACGCCGCGGCGUUCGCAUCAACCUAGCCGAUCUAUAUCGCAAUCUUCCGCCAUCGGAAGUGCCUCUCGCAACCACCCUUCUGCCUCGCCAUCAACGCAGAACCAAAGAGUCGCACAGAUCAUACAGGCUACAGGACAUUCGACCACCUCAACGGCUUUCACAAAUCGGCUUAGCACGCAGUUCCCAAAACAGUUCUACGCAUCCUCAGCACCCACCGCACCUGUGGCCCUAACGGCAGACCGCGCACGACCUGCACGACCGCCUGUGCCUCUGUUCUCUCAAAGUACCGGAAACAUCGCCCAGAUCCAACCCAAGAUGAACAACGCAUCAGGUAAAUCUUCUCCUUUCUCCAUCGCGAGCUCAUCGUUGCCAUUGCCAUCUUCCCAAAGCUUACAAUCAUCCCAUUUAGAUCUGGGUCUGGACGAUUUCACCGCCUUUGGCGGUGGAGCUUCGGCGUUCCCCUCGCCCGCCAUGCCGGGCGUCUUUGACAUUUCCUCCACGACUGCGAGCACGAUGGGCACCGUCUCUCCACAGGACCUGUUCCUGUCGGACAACUUCAUGUCGGCCCCCAACUCGACCGCUCUGACGACCCUCACUUCGCCGUCCCUUUAUAAUGGGUCUCCCGAGUUUGGCGACAGCUACGAUGUCUCUCCAAACUUUGUUGGGAACGACCUGGAAUCGGCAGGCGAGUCUGCUUGGUUCCCGCUCUUUCCCCAGGAGAACACCAACGUGGCUGCGCCUCAGGUACCGCAGGAGCUCGCUGCUCCUACGCAGCAACAACAGUCUCCCGCGGCGGGAUCUGAGGACCUCGAGGCUGCCCCGUCUCCUGCUCCGCGGCGCAAGUCUGGCAACUCGCCCACAUCUUCUGCCGGUCGUCAUUCAUCAGUCAGUGGAGUCAACGCUCGCCGUCGGGAUAAGCCUCUGCCUCCUAUCGUUGUCGAGGACCCAACCGACACGGUAGCGAUGAAGCGUGCCCGCAACACGCUUGCGGCGCGCAAGUCUCGCGAGCGCAAGGCCAUGCGCUUUGAGGAGCUUGAGGACAAACUCGAGAAGCUCACGGCUGAGCGUGACCACUUCAAGAACCUCGCUAAGCAAUACGGUGCCCCUGUUUGA